AUGGCCGAGACGAAGGUGAGACUCGAGAGGGUUGACGAAAAGCGCCGGCGAGCCUCGAAAUCGAGAGCGAGGAGCAGUCAAAGGAGGUCCCGGGGGCGGGGGGGUUGGAGAGAGAGAAAGCCUGAGACUAGGCCGCCCUCUUGACUCAUCCCCCCUCCCCCACCUCAGGUUUAUUAAUCCGUUGACGCCCCUUAUUUCUCCUCCCGCUUUCCACGGGCUGCCUCAGCGCUGCCUGGCAGCCGUUUCUCUCUCCCCGCCCCCCCCCUCCCCCGGUCUUAACAAGGCCUGGGGCCUCCUAUCCUCCUCCAAGGCGCGCAGGCAGGGCCGCCGCAGCAACGUGCUGCGCGCGAUUCGCGUUUGCUGGGACGUGGCGUUCCCUUGGGUUUGUAAUAAUUUCUAUUAACCUCCCCCCCCUCUUUUUUGGGCGGAGGGGGGUGUACUGGGCCCUUCUCUGUCUUCAGCCCCGGGGUGUGUGGGUGUGCUGAGAUCUCCCCCCCUCCCCGCCUGCUGGAGGAGGAGGAGGAGGCCGCCCCACGUGCUCCGCUGCCCAUCCCCGCUUCUCCUUCAGAGAGCCCGGUUUUGUCACAGCAAUGUCCUCUCGUUAGUAUUUCCAUUUUUAAAAUAUCGUUGAGAACACCCGCAUUGAAAGCAUGCUCAGGGUCAUAAGGCUUCAAACAGGAUGCAGAAGGUGGCUGCUGCUGCUGCUGCUUGCCAUGCUUACCAAGUAUUUCUAGGGAUGCAGUCCUGUGCACCCGCUUGGCUGGAGGAAGAGGCAGUUGAAUCCAUUAAGGCCGCAGGCCUUCACAAUAUAAAAGGGGCUGAGGAUUUGCUCGUUUAUAUAUUUGGCAUGAUAGAAGAAAUGGGAUGGGUAGGAAAGCAAAACUAAACAGUGGGAGGGCACAAGUAAAAAUCUGACAAUUGGCCCAAAAGAUAAAAUAGCUACUAAGCACAGUAAAACUGCUUUAAAUCCCACAAUACCAGUUUUAAUUUAGUAACUUUGUUGUGCACACUCUACAAAGAGAAAACUGUGUUAAAAAUAGUGAUAUUUGUAUUUCCUUGAUUUGGUUUCUACCCCUCAUCUUUUGAUCAUCAAGUAAAAACCUUGGGGCUGCUGUACCUUCUCUGACGCCUCACAUUGCUAAUAGACACAUUAACUUAAUACCACAAUCCCCUGUCCUUGGGAGGAUCCUAGUUGUUCUAUAUUGCCUUUUUAUAUGUAAGAACAAGGUGGCACCAUUCAGAUUAAACAGCAGCUGCUAGGUCAACAACAGGUAAGUUAAAAAUUGGCAUUGCUGCCCAGCCAAAGUUUCAGAAAAUAAAUGGUUUUUCAUCAAGCACUAGAACUGUAUAAAUGUAGGUGUAUUCAGAGGGAGCUGGUUUCACAGAGAGGGUGCUACUGUUGAAAAAGACCGACCUUCUAAUCACAGUUUAAAGAGCCUCUGUAGACAGUGACAUGACUAGGAGGGCUGCCUCAUCCAAGAAUCUUAGUGACCAGUCAGGUUGAUUUUCAGAAAGGUGCUCCUUCAGGUAAGUUAGUCUCAGGUUUUUUAUGGCUUUGUAGGUAAAGAUCAAAGCAUUAAACCUGUUCUAAUUGCAUAUUAGCAGCCACUGCUACACUUUUAAGCAGGCAUAGGCAAACGCAGCCCUCCAGAUGUUUUGGGACUACAACUCUCAUCAUCCCUAGCUGACAGGACCAGUGGUCAGGGAUGAUGGGAGUUGUAGUCCCAAAACAUCUGGAGGGCCGAGUUUGCCUAUGUCUGCUUUUAAGAGUGGUAUAGUAUAUACAUGGUAGGAUGUCUCAGUCAGCAUCCCAGCCACUGCAUUUUGCUCUAGCUGCAGCUUCCAGACCAACCCUAAGAACAACCCCACUUAAGAGCACAUUGCAGUAAUCCAGUCUUGAGGUGGUUGAGGCAUAGUAGCAAGGCUGUCCUGGUUCAUAAAUGAUAAUAGCUAGUGUACUAGUCAAAGCUGGGUGGGGGUGGGAAGUACUCCUAGUCAUUGUGCCCACCAGGUCCUUCAGUUCAAAGCUGACAAAUCAUCCCAUUGUUACACACUUGCUCUUUUGGAAGCGUGCAGCCCUAUCCAGGGUAGGCCAGCAUCCCAGUACUCAGACUUGGGAACCACCUGCCCACUGGACUUGUAUGGCCUCACCUGACUCAGAUGUUACUGAGAAAUAGAGGUGACUGUCAUCAGCUUAUUGAUGACAAUAUGCUCCAAUUUCCUAAUUACUGUUUCAAGCAACUUCAUAUAAGUAAACAGCAUUGGAGAGAAGAUGGCACCCUGCAAACCCCAUAACAUAAUUAUCAGGAGGCCAAGUCACUCCGUGCAACUCUGCAACUGGUCCUUUGAGUAGGAAAAAACCAAUGAAAAACCAUGAGCAUCGCAUUGUCAUUGGUAUCAAAAGGCAUGUGGUUGAGUGAGCCAUGUCCUCAGCCCUUAAAGUUGCUGGCUUCCAAAGAGGGAAAAGCUCCAUUUCUUUGUGGUGAGGAUGAAAGUGUGGGCUGCAAGCCACCUCUAACAAGCAGACUAGAGGAGGGGUGGAGCCCCCUCCACCAGCUCACUCAUCAGCUAAUUAAUUACAUACUAAUUAAUUACAUUAAUUAGUAAAAUGAAUGCAACUAUCACUUUCAGACCAAAAUAGAAAAAUUGGAUUAAAUGGCUAAGAUGUGCAAGUUCAUAAGAUCUUGCAUUUUUAUUAUUGGGGGUCUUUUUGAAUUAAAUAUCACAAGCCUCUUAGCAAUUUUGUUUUAAGGUUCGUCAUGUGACUUUUUCCACAGGACACACAUGAGGAGCAUGACUUAGCACCUGACAACGUAGAUGAUUCUAACCAUGACCCUCAGUUUGAGCCCAUAGUUUCUCUUCCUGAGCAAGAGAUCAAAACUCUUGAAGAAGAUGAGGAAGAACUCUUUAAGAUGUAAGUAUAAUAAGAAUGGUGCAUCAGUAACUUCCAAGCUUUGGGUUGGGGCAUAUUAAUAUGCUGAUGGGUUGCAGCAUUUGCACAUUGGCAAGGCAUACAUGUUGUCUAGGGCAGUGCCUUUAUUAGGCCACCAAAAUGUCAGAAAAUAGUGUCCAAGCUUUGGUAUAUGAGAUUGAGUCAGUACAACUGUCUUUUUCUAAAUGGCAAUGUAAAUCUUCGAACGGCUAAACUUUUAACAUGUGGUAGUCUGUAUUCAACAACUUAAGGCUCUAUUCUGUAGCAAUUCUCAGUGAGAUAGAAGGGCUAACUUUUUUCUUUUUUUUCUGAACAGUCAUCCACUUACCUAGAAAUGAGGAGUGCAAAGUUGGUUUCCUUUUCUGUGACAGAAACUAGUGUUUUCUAUCAUAUAAGGAAUGUCAAUUUUCAGGCCAGUUCAUUGAAUUUAUGAAUCACAUCCCACAACAGAAUGCCCCAAAGGAACUUGAAAGUGUAAAAUAAAGCAAUACUAUAAAAAUACAUACACAUAUGAAAAGAGAGACUAUCUUGUUCCAACAGCUAUUUCUUCCCAAUGUACCUAUAGUAAACUAGAAGCCUAGUACUACUGUCUUUAGCAAGGAUUAGUAUGUCCCCCACAACAACUUGUAUUGGGGAAACAAAUGGUCUAGGAGAGGGAAGCAUAUCGAAUGUACAUUCAUAUGGAGCAUUCAUGUUAAGAGAUUACAGUUCUGUGAAAAACCUGGUAAAAAUUUCCAUGCAUAAACUAAUCUAUGUCUUGUUUUCAUUUUGUGUCUCCCUCUCCAAAAGGCGAGCAAAACUCUUCCGCUUUGCAUCGGAAAACGAUCUUCCCGAAUGGAAAGAACGAGGCACUGGUGAUGUAAAGCUUCUGAAGCACAGAGAGAAGGGGACCAUUCGUCUCUUGAUGAGGAGAGAUAAAACCCUAAAAAUCUGUGCAAAUCAUUACAGUAUGUGAUUUGGUACACUGCACUUGUUGUACAGUACUACUUAUUUUGCUGUAAUAGCAAGAAAGGAAAUUAAUAAUAGGGACAGAAGGUGAUGAAGGUCCUUCUGGUUCUGGUUACUAAGGAAGAGUUAUACCCAAGGCCACUUGCACAGCGAGCUUCUGCCUGCGUCAUCAGUUGGUGCGAUGUUGGAGAUUAACUGGAGGUUAAAAGGAUCAAAAAGCUAUGUAGUUUACCUUCUCUUAGCAAAAGUCCUUCACAUACAACCUCCAAAUAUAAUCCAGUAUGCCACAAGCAGACAUGAGAUAUUUCACAAAGACAUGCAAUUAGCUUUAAGCAAGGCAGGGGAACCGUGCUGUGCAAAUGAAGAAAACUACGCAGGGCCCAGUCACUUAUAGCCCAACCUUCUUUAGUUCAAAAAUGGCAGUGAAACUUUCACAUGUCUUAACAAUAAUACCAUGAAAAACAUGCCACACUAUGUAGUAAGGGUUUCAGAAAACUAGUCCUAAAGGGUAGCGUCAAGAUUCUAGAAUGCAGUCUUAAUUGUGAAUAAAAUCUAGUCAUGCAUUCAUUGAUAAAUAGGCUAGACUAGAACUUAAAUGCAUUUUUAACAAUCUUUUAUGUUGCCGAUAAGGUAGAUAUCUUCAGGCAGACAGUUAAGGAGGCUCUGUUGUUUGCUCUAGUACUUCCUGUGCCCAGCUACUUUUUUCUCUCUCUUCCUGCCCCGGCUUUUCCUUUCUAGUUACACCUGUAAUGGAGCUGAAGCCCAAUGCAGGAAGUGACAGGGCAUGGGUGUGGAAUACACAUGCUGAUUUCGCAGAUGAGAGUCCUAAGCCAGAACUUCUGGCAAUUCGGUUUUUAAAUGCAGAAAGUAAGUUAAAAGCAACAUAACUUUGAUCACUUAAAAUUGCUGUGUAUGUAUGAAGACAUGUGAAGUGAGUGUAAACUGAAUGUUUUGUAUUUCAUUGCAUCCCAUUUUUCUGUAAUGAAACAGGCUACCCUCUGUGCUAGUACUCUGUUAAUACUUCAGCAGGGUUGACAGGCCUAAAGAGCAUGUUUCAUGACUUCUAUAAAGUAGGCAGUCUGGGCUAUUUCAAAAAAAAAUUAUAGGUCACAUGCAAAUUGUGGGCAAGCAAAUUAAGUAUACUGGAUUUACUUUUUGGAUUGAUAGGAUUUUAGAGGUCCUUAAAUCCUUGCCUCUUAACAAGUGGAAGCAAAGGUUACUGUGUUCUGCUCUCGUGUCCUGGCCUAGCUGUUAUUUCUAUAAAAAGUAUUGACUUACUACCAUAGCAACCUUCAGGUUCUGUGUUGAUUCCUUCUUGUGGUGUGCCAGUGAGGAACAUAGUUAGCUGUUGCAUGUAGGCCAUUCAGUAAACCCAGGGAAAUGGAGCACAACCUUACUUUCUGUGCAUAGUGUGAAAUUGGCUUUACGGACUUGAAGUUGGGGAUGGGGAGAAGCAAAUCAGACACAGGCCUUUGUUUCUUUUCCGGCCUAUGGAAUAAAAAUGCCUUUUUUGAUGAAUGACAUUUUUCAUUAUCUAGCAUUGAGCAACAGUGACCUCAAGUGGUCAUUUUUGCUAAUAUAUUGUAGUGUAACGGUAAACCACCUGACAACUUCCAUUGUAUGAUAGUUAUGAAAGUAUUGAUAUGCUAUCUUUAUCAGAAAUCCUUUUUGCUAAUAUUAACUCUAUUAAAGAAAAAUCUGGCAGUGAUGCUAGUACAUGAACUCUAAGAUCUAGUUAAUCAGUAGGUCUUACGAUACAAAUCUCCACUGCACCUACUUGUCCAGCAAAACGUCAAAGAGUGCAUUUUACACUGAAAUGUAUAAACAGUUCUAGAAACUCAGAUACUCUGUAGACUGCAUAUGUACAUGUGGCUUCACUAGAUAGUAGGUAUUGUCAAGACCAGAGCUUUCCAAACUGUCUCGAUACGUUAGUGUGUCAGCUGCAGUAUGUAGGUGUGUCACACAAACAUUCUCCAUGCUCCUCCUGGGGCAGGAAAUGGGUUAGUUUAACCUCUGGUUUGCUAGUAAAACUGAAUUACUGUGUCCCAAAAUGAUGCAUAUCUAAAAAGUGUCUUGCCAACAUCAAAAGUUUGGAAAGCUCUGGUCUUGAUACAAAGAGGAUGAGUGUUCAUGCAAUCUGAGGUACCAGAGAAAAAAAUGUUACUAACUUUAAGUUGUGUCCAGAUCCAUUGCAGCAUAUUUUAUGAUACUUUGUUUCCUUAAAACAGAUGCACAGAAAUUCAAGGCAAAAUUUGAAGAAUGUAGAAAUGAGGUUGACAAGGGAAAGAAAGGUAAGAUUUUUUUUUCUUCUGAUGAAAGAAUACUUCAGUCAGGAGACUGCAAACAAUUCUGCAAAAGCCCCUGAACUAUCAGAAUAACUGGCAUUUUAUAUAUGUACUAUAUGCCAAGUUUUAGACCCUCUUUUAGAUCCUCAUUUACUUAAGCAGAAAUGUAAGAGUUAAAGAGGCUUGCACUGAGGUGGUCUUUCCUUUUUCCAUAAUCUUCAGCAACAUGCAUCUCUGAACCUUUCAGCGUUACUGUCUCGUCUUGCUGUUUACCUAAUUUUAGAAUUUCUUGAUCAUACCCCACAGUUUAGCAAUGUAAGAAAGUGACACGCUAUCUCGUUUUUGCAUGUCAGAGCAACUGACUUUCAGACACUUAAGAAAUCCUCCUUAUGAAACAGUAGGCAGGCAGUUGAUUCUACAAAAUAAAGUUUAGUUAACUUUAUUCAAAUCAAUUUAUUGCUAAAGAGAGAAGCAAAUUGUGCAUUGUUAGCACUCUCUUAUAUGCUGUUUUGAGGAUAGACAAUCUGGCUUUCAGGUAAGGUACUAAAAUUAUGGCAGUUGCAAGAAACAGUAUGUAAUCUUGGAGAACAAUUGGAAAUAUAAGCAUGAUACAUGGUCUUUGCAUAAGAAGUCCAGCACACAUUGUUUACAUAUCCAGCGAUGACUAACACAUUUGCCAUAUUGACUGUGUUCACAACAAGCAAAGAGCCUGGACUUAAUACAUUGUACUUGUAUGAGCUCUGUGCUAGUGCGUUCAACCUUAAUCUGUUUCACAUGCAUGGUUAAACAAAUCAAGCCCUACUACUGGCAGACACCAGUCUUGUCCCCCAGGCUCUAGAUGAUAUUGGUGUGUGUGAGAAGGGACACAUGAAAGAAGGUGGUUCCUAAGAUACCCAGGUCCCAAGUCAUUAAGGUUUUUCAGGCUUGAAUUGAACCCAGAAACCAAUUAGCAGCCAGUAUAAAUCGCUGUGGGACGUGGGUGGCGCUGUGGGUUAAACCACAGAGCCUAGGACUUGCUGAUCAGAAGGUCGGCGGUUCGAAUCCCUGCGACGGGGUGAGUGCCCGUUGCUCGGAUCCUGCUCCUGCCCACCUAGCAGUUCGAAAGCAUGUCAAAGUGCAAGUAGAUAAAUAGAGACCACUCCAGCGGGAAGGUAAACGGCGUUUCCGUGUGCUGCUCUGGUUCGCCAGAAGCGGCUUAGUCAUGCUGGUCACAUUGCCCGGAAGCUGUAUGCCGGCUCCCUUGGCCAAUAAAGCGAGAUGAGUGCCGCAACUCCAGAGUCGGCCACGACUGGACCUAAUGAUCAGGGGUCACUUUACAUUUACCUUUAUAAAUUGCUGAGAACUGACAAGAUUUUCAUAAGGAGAAACAAACCACAAGCCUGGUUUGGACACAGUUCUAAAUUAUUCCUUUUCUAGUUUGUUAAACUGUUCAUGUCAGGGGAGGAAUGAAGUGGGAGCAGAACUGUGCACCAGCACACAUCGUGUACACAGUAUGAUUUAUUAAGCCAAGGUUAUUCACUUAUUGUUGCAUGUAACAAAGCCAGUGACUGCUAAAGAAUUUUCUGUUAACACCUGUAUGUAAGAAAAUUAACUUGCUAUAGUGUACAUAGGACCAAGAGACAUGGACAGCGAGGGAGCUACUAAAGUGACCUGCAACACCUGUGCCAUGUCUGUCUUCAUGCCUGAGAAUGUGGAAAACUACACCUGCAAGGGGUGCAAGCGGAUUCCCUUGCUGAAAGAGAAGAUAGAGCAACUUGAGACCCGCCUAGCCACACUUCAAGCUACUGGGCAAGGUGAGGAAUUUCUCAUUAGAGCAGAGUGGACUCUCUUGGAACAGCAACACAGGUGGGGUGCCCCUAGGAAGGAGGAAGAUUGCCCAUUGCAGGAAACGAAUGCCUGGAGGAACAUGACACACAGAAGCAGUACUGUCAGGAACCAUGCUUUGACACUGGAGCUGCAAAAUCAAUUCCAUGCCCUCAACUUGGACACCAAUUCUGGGCUAGAGGAGCAAGUACAGUAGUUGCAGACCUCAGAAUACAUAGAAGUGAUUAUGGAAGGUGCAGUGUGCAGAACAAUUCCUGUCACUCCCCAGAGGUGGAAGAGAAGUGUGUUGGUGGUAGGCGACUCCCUGCUGAGGGGGACAGAGGCAGCAGUGUGCAGGUUUAACAGGAUGUGUUGGGUGGUGAACUGUCUUCAGGUGCAACAAUUCACUAUGUGACAGACAGGUUGCCAAGUUUUAUAAAGCCCACUGACGAUGACAACCCCUUCUGAUUCAUGGGUACAAAUGAUACUGCUAGAUGUAGUCUUCAGCAUAAUAGCAAGGGACGUUGACACUCUGGGCAGGAAGCUGAAGGGCCUUGGGGCACAGGUGGUAUUUUCAUCACUCUUUCCUGUUGAAGAUUGGGCCACAGGAAGAGGAAAAUCCUGGAAGUAAAGUACUGGUGGCACAGGUGAUGUCAGGAAAGGUGUAGCUUCUUGGACCAUGUUCUCUGCUUCUUUGAGGAAGGAUGUCUGGCAAGAGAUGGGUUGUACCUCAUGGCAGUUGGCGAGAGUGCUUUUGCUAAGAGUCUUAUCAACCUGAUCAGGAAAGCUUUAAAUUAAACCCUGAGAAAGAGGGAGAGGACAUUGCAGACUACAAGGAGACACCUGGUACUGAGGAUAACAGCUUCACUUAUGCACAGGAGAUGGAGGUGUUGCUCCAGAAACCUGCUGAAGGGCAGGAAACGGCAAGAAGGUGGAAGAAGCAACAAGAGGAUCAUCUCUCUUGGCCCUGGUACUUACCAGGAAGUGAUCGACAAAUGAUACAGAGGCAAGAGAAAUCUGAGUGUAGUCAGACAUGUGCUCUGGACUUUAAGAAGGCUGAUCUCAAAAAGCUUAAGGAAUACUCAAAGAGAAGAAAUACUCAAAGAGAAGGGAGUCCAAGAAGAAUGAGAGUUUUAAAAAAAGUGGAAUAUUGAAGAUAGAGAGGCAGACCAUUCCAACAAGAAAAGUGGGAAACUUCUAAAGAAACUAAUGUAGCUGCAUAAGGUGCUUACUGAUGAGCUGAGAUUUAAGAAGGACAUAUAUAAGAAAUGGAAGAAAGGGGAAAUCACAAAGGAGAGUAGCCAACAGUUGCAGGGAGAAGGUCAGGUGGGGCAAAGCUCAGGUUUGCAAGAGAGGUUAAAAAUAAUAAAGUAAGUUUAUUUGGCUAUGUUUCAAAGCAAGAAGAACAACAACAAGCAAGUAGUGGGUCCUCUGCAUGGAAAAGACUGAGAAAUUUUAUUGGGUGACAGAGAAGGCAGAACUGCUGAACACCUACUUUGCCUCUGUCUUCGCCCAAAAGAAAAGCAGUGCCCAGCCUGGUGAUAACAGAAUAAUAAAUGUUGCAAGGAGGGAGCUGCAGCCCACGAUAGGAAAAGAGGUGGCAUAGGAACACCUAGUUACUUUAAAUGAAUUCAAAUCUCCCAAGGCAAGUAUAGUGUCCUGAUCAAAGGAAGUAUUCAUCCUGUUCUGUUGGUCUUGCCUUGGUUAGAACACAUCUGGAGUACCAAGUCCAGUUCUGGGCACCACAAUUUAAUAAGGUUAUUGACAAGCAGAGGAGGGCAACCAAGAUGACCAGGAGUCUGGAAACCAAGUCUUAUGAGAAAUGGUUGAGAGAAUUGGGUAUUUUUAGCUUUGAAAAGAGGAGACUGAGAGGAGUUAUGAUUGCCAUCUUCAGAUAUCUAAAGGGAUGUCACAUGGAAGAGGGAACAAGCUUGUUUUCUCCUGCUCCAGAGGCUAGGAUCCGAACCAAUGGAUUCAAGUUACAAGAGGAAAUUCCAAUUAAACAAAAGAAGAAAAUUCUGACAAUAAGAGCUAUUUGAAAGUGGAACAGACUCCAAUGAGAGUUGAUGGACUCUUCUUCCUUGGAGGUUGUUUUAGCAGAGGCUUGAUGGCCUUCUGUUAUGUAUGAUCUUGUUGAGAUUCCUGCAUCGCAGGGGAUUGGCGCAGAUGGCACUUUGGAUCCCUUCCAACUGAAUUAUAUGAUUGCAUAAAAGUAGAAAAAUACAAAACAUUUCCUAAAUAUAUAAGCCAGAAAAAGGAUGACCAACUAAUGCAUUCUAUAAUUCUAUAUAAUUAAGGAAUGUGUUCUAGAUAGCACCUUUUCCCUUGGCCAGGCAUGUAAUUAUUCUAGUACAUAACAAAUUUAUUGAAAUUUAAGCACAGCUCAAAGCCUGAGGUUUCUUAAAAACAGUGACUUCUACGUUCAGAGUAUUUCAAAAAAAUAAGUUUCUCAACCAGUAGUUUCACCACCCCUAGGCUGGAUAAUAGCUUUUCGCGUUAAAAACAGAGACAUAGCAAAUUACAUCCCUAGCUACAGUAGCUGAAAGAGACAAUGGGGACCUGUAUGUUUGAAGCAGUUCCCAUUUCCAGCAUCCUAUAAGCUUUUCUGACAAGCUAGUGGUAUUUUUUGAGUUGUGCUAAAGCCAUCAGCCAUCCACGUCACACUGAGAUCAUCCAGGGAUCACAGGUCUUUCAUAUGAUAACCUUGGCAUGGCAUGUUACAUGUGAAGUGCAAGACUUGUACAGCAUCCUUUGUCUUAGGGGAAUUCCAUCGUGCUCUGAUGCUCUUGGCUUGCCUGUACAUGAUUUCUGCUUUUCAAAUGGCCCUCAGUGUUUGUGCCUUGUUUCUGUUUCUGACGUAAGAGGGGAAGCAAAGGAAUCUCUUCUCAGUUACAGUCAUACCGUGGUUCCUGAAAGCCUUGGUACUUGUACAUUUUGGCUCCCGAAUGCCGUAAACCUGGAAGUAAGUGUUGUGGUUUUCAAAUGUUUUUGGAAGCCAAAGGUCUGACGCAGCUUCCGGUUGAGUGCAGCCAAUCUGAAGCCACACCUUGGUUUGCAAAUGUUUUCAGAAGUUGAAUGGACUUCCGGAACGGAUUACGUUUGACAACCAAGGUACAACUGUACUUACUGUUUCCUCCGUUUGAUACAAGUGGGGCUUACUAUACUCUUCUAAAGAAUGAGUUUUCAGUGCUUGAUCUCAGUUCCUUGCGCAUCACUCACUAGUCAAACUGGACGUUCACUAUCAAACAUGGUGUUCUUAUGACCAGGGAACUCUCAGCCACAAUUGACAGGAUUACUCUCUGUCAUCUUUUUGGAUGUCUCUGCCCUGCAAGCAGCUGAUAAGGAAAUGAAGUUGUGAUAUGAGUGAUUGCAGCCUGAUGGCAGAUAACCAAUAAGUAGCUCAGUAUCCACAAUCAGGGAUAAGUUGAAUUUUUGUGACUUCCUCUUAAGAACGCAGAUGGAGAUUCGGGAUAGACAAAAAGAAGUACCGUGUUUUUUGCACCAUAACACUCACUUUUUUCCUCCUAAAAAGUAAGGGGAAAUGUCUGUGCGUGUUAUGGAGGGAAUGCCUACGGGUGACAUGCCUACGGAUUUCCCUCCUCUAAAAACUACGUGCGUGUUAUGGUCGGGUGCGUGUUAUAGAGCGAAAAAUACGGUACUUCACAAAACACAUACUGUGGUACCUUGGUUUAAGAAGAGCUUAGUUUAUGGACAACUUGGAUUAAGAAUGCUGCAAACCCAGAAGUAGGUGUUUUGGUUUGUGAACUUUGCCUUGGAAGCAGAACAUGUUUCACUUCCUGCUAAGUCUAAAUUGAGUCCCCCGCUGCUAUGGGAAAGCACGCCUUAGUUGAAGAACGGACUUCUGGAACGGAUUAAAUUCGUAAACCAAGGUGCCACUGUAUAGGUACGGAAUUUAUUACCACAAUAUGUGAUAAUCACCACCAUCUCGGAUGCCUUUAGAAGAGGGUCAGGCAAUCAUAGAGGAUGCUCUCAAUGGCUGUUAGUCAUAAUGGUGGAGUUACACAGGAGUGUUGUUGCAUUUGUGUCCUGCUUGUGAGCCUCUCAUAAGUAUCUGGUUGGCCUAACAGGAUGCUAGACUAGAUAGACCUUUGGUCUGAUUGCGCAGGGCUCUUACAUCAAGUGUUCAGGGCCAUGAUUAACAGGUAAGCAAUCUUCAUUUUUAUGCUUAAUAGCAGGCUCACUCUGUGCCUGACUGCAAUAUUCAGUCACGGUGCUUUUUAGGCCUGCUAGAGUAAUCCAGGAUGUUGUGGACACUUUCCCUACUUGUGGAAGUUCGUUUCAAUUGAUCUUGGUACAGAUGACCCUUUUUGUCCUUUCCAAUCCACAAUCCUAUGAUUCCAGGUGCUUCAUUAUUACUGAUGAAUUUGAGGUAUAGAAAUGUUACCAGUUUUAAAAAUCUUGACGUUGGGAUUUUUUAAGAGAGACUCUUAGUAUUCAAUUGACUUUUUAUGUACUCAUCAGGACGUGAAGUGUUAUUCUCACUGAAGUGUCUGGUUUUCAUAUAGCUGCGUCAUAGCUCUGCAUGGAUACAAAUUCUCAUAUAUAUAUAUACAUAUAUAUAUAUACAUAUAUAUAUAUAUAUAUAUAUAUAUAUAUAUAUAUAUAUAUAUAUAUAUCUAUAUCAGGACAUUCCAAAAUUAUUUCUUUCUUGCAGCACUUUGUUACAGUGGAAUAGCUAGUUGCUUUGUAAUUAAAAUUGUAUUAAUGGUUAGCAAUUCAAAAUCUUCGGGUAAGGAGGGGAGAUUCUCCCCUCCCCCUUUGAGUUAAUGGUUUUUCAAACUAUGAAGCAUUACUUUUUCCUGCAGAUUAUCCUGAAGGCAUAAAAACAUAGACAUGUUGCGAUAGAGAGCUUCUACUUUUCAAAUAAUGUAACCUUGGGUUGAAGUAGCUUCGGGAUGAAUAUUUUCGGGUUGCGCUCCGCGGCGACCCAGAAGUAACAGAGCGCGUUACUUCUGGGUUUCGCCGCAUGCGCAGAUGCUCAAAAUGAUGCCAUGCGCGGAAGCGGCGAAACGCGACGUGCAGUCACGUGUUACGUUCACUUCAGGAUGUGAACGGGGCUCCGGAACGGAUCCCGUUCGCAUCCAGAGGCACCACUGUAUCUUUUUUUAAAACUCCGCUGCUUAUGAUCUGAGUGCCAAAGGGACCUGCCUGUGAGAAAUUGGAAAGUCAGGAACCAACCAAUGCCUUUUCAUUCUUCCCUCCUGGGCCUGUAGUUGCGUGUCUUUUAUCCUAACCAAAUUACCCUGCUUCCUCCAAAGAACUUGGGACAGUACACAUAGGGUGGGUUAUUGCAUGUUGCAACAGUAUCCCUCUCGGGUAAGCUGAGCAGAAAUAUAACAGCUUUCCCAAGGCUGUCCCAUUAAGUGGAGCUUUGAAUCUGGCUUAUCUGUUGUUCAAAUCACAGCAUUCGCCACACUGAGUGUCUUGCAUUAUUACACCAUACAAAAUACUAUAUUGUUCUCUCAGAUCUUUUUGACAUGUUUCCAUAUUACCUACUGCACUGUCUAAUAAUAUCUUUAAACAUUUUUUAGCAGGAACAGAAAAAAAUGAUAGUGCUGAUAAAGUUGCCGAGAAACUAGAAGAACUUUCUGUAAAGGAGGAGAUCAAAGAAUCGGAGAAAGAAGUCAAGGAGAAAACUGAAGAAAAGCAAUAA